AUGAGUGCAACAGGCAAGGACACCAAAUCAGCCACCACAGCUCAAUUCAUCUCUGCGUUGAUCGUCGGUCUCAUUACAGUAGCAGUUUUCACAGUAGCAUGGUUCCUCCUUCGUAAACGAUUUCGAAGGGUCUUUCAGCCAAGAGUUGACGUUACCGUUCCUGGAAAACAACCUCCUGAUCCUCUUCCAGAUGGUGUAGUUUCAUGGUGGGAAACUAUAUUGGGCACACCUGAUAAAGCCAUCAUCGCUGCCAAUGGUCUUGAUGCUUAUUUCUUCGUUCGUUUUCUUAAAGUAUUCGGACUGCAUCUUCUUGGCCCUUUCGUCUUCUUAUCGUGUGCUGUCCUUAUCCCUCUUGCUGCCACCUCCCAUGGUGGUCUCAGUGGCCUUAACCUCCUCACAUUCGGAAAUGUCAGCGCCAACCAACUCGAUCGUCAUGUCGGAUACUAUCUCGUUGCAAUCAUCCUCGUUUUCUGGACGCUUUACCUCGUCUAUAAAGAGUUGAUCCAUCUCGAUGAAGAACGACAAGCAUGGCUAGCAUCCGAGACGCAUACAUCCCGGGCACUCGCACGUACACGUACAGUGAUGGUCACGAAUUUGCCUCCCCGUUAUCUCACUAAAGAAGGAAUACUGGGACUCGUCGCAGCCACGGUCACCGGUCCCUCUUCAAUUACUGACAAGGAUGCUAGCCCUACGGGACCACCUCCAGCUGCUACUACGGCUCCCUCGUCCGUUCAAGCGAUUUGGUUCUCGCGAACGAACUUGAAACAAAUCGAAAAAGUUUACGAUGAACGAAAUGCCGAGUGUGAACGACUUGAAGGUGCAGAAGCGUCCUUGUUAGCAUUGGCAGCGAAGAAUGAACGCAAAGGGAAAAGUCCUCGUGCGAAAGGUCAAGUUGUGGCUUAUCACGACGAAGGGUUGGAAGGAGAUGGAAGGGCGGUUAGCGAUGAUGUGAUUGAUGAAUAUGUUAAGCCUUCGAAGAGACCUAAAUGGAGAUUGGGGCUUUUGGGACUCUAUGGGGAGAGGAGGACUUUGGGGAGUUCGACUAGGUGGAUUAAGGAGAGGAAUGACGAGCUGGAAGCGUUGAGGGCUAAGGCGGAGCAGGUGAAGAUUGGGAAUACGGCGUGGAUUAGGUUCUCGAAUCAGUAUGAGGCGCAUUUAUUUGCGAGGUUGGUUAAGAGUGCUAAAGGCGGGGAUUUGAGCAUGAGGCUGAUCGAUUCGAGGAUCGAAGUUGUGCCUGAGGAUAUCGUGUGGAACAACACGUCGAUGAAUGCGUACGAUCGGAAGAUCAGGAACAUUGUUAGUUGGUCGUUGACCAUUGGGUUGAUCAUAAUCUGGGCCAUCCCCGUUGCCUUCGUUGGUAUUGUCUCUAAUAUCGAUACGCUCUGUAGUACGGUUAGCUUCCUGCGCUGGAUUUGCAAAAUUCCGAGUGCCGUACUUGGGAUUUUGAAAGGAGUUCUACCUCCCGUUUUGCUCACGGUGUUGUUUAUCGUUCUCAUCAUCAUUCUUCGAAAGCUGGUGAACAUGCAGGGUAUUCCUCAGUCUAGCGAGAUCGAAUUGAAGUUAUUCCAGCGUUACUGGCUCUUCCAAGUGAUUCAUGGUUUCUUGAUCGUUACCCUCUCAUCUGGGUUGGUCGGGGCGUUGUCGAACAUUAGUAAGACGGUUCAUCAACUGCCCUCGUUGCUUGCGAAGAACUUGCCUACCGCUUCUAUAUUCUUCCUGACUUUCGUACUCGCGAGUACGUGGGCGGGAGCAGCUAAAGCCUAUUCGCAAGCCAUCCCGACGGUCAUGUAUCUCCUCCGUCCUAUCUUGGGUGGUAACACUCCAAGGAAGUUUUGGCUCGGUGAGACGCGGUUGAUCGCGUUCCAGUGGAGUCUUACGUGGCCGCCUAUCAGCUUGCUUGUUUGCUUGUGUGUGGUUUAUUCGGUCAUUCAGCCUAUCAUGACCGUUGUGACCAUUGUGGCGUUUGGGCUGUUAUACGUCGCUUACAAGUACUUGCUCAUUUGGUGUGCCGAUCAACCUGAAUCGUGGGAGACGGGUGGAUUGUUCUACUUGUUGGCGCUCAAGACUGUGUUUGUGGCGUUGUACAUUGAGGAAUGGUUUUUGACCGCUUUGUUCUUCUUGUCCUACUCGCAGCAGAAGAAGACGGGCAAAGCUGAUCUCGCGGGUGGUAUUUUGAUGGUGAUCACUAUUAUCAUUACGAUCGCUGCUAAAUGGUGGCUCUUCAACCGUCGUUUCCCCAGAGAUUACAUUCUUUAUUCUCGCUCGUCUUACCUGCAAGAUCAAACGCUUUCCUCGACAGAUCUCGCGCCCAAAGAGCCAACCGGCCAAGCUGAAAUCACCGCCAUUCCUACCACACCACUCCCUCUUCAACAAGAGGAUGAGUUAGACACGACGUCAGGGUUCCAUGAGCGUGCGUUCGAUCAUCCUGCGUUGUGGAAGAAACAGCCGGUCGUUUGGAUUGCGGAUGAUGAGUUGGGGAUUGGGAAGCUUGAGGUGGAGAGGAUCAAGAGUGAAGGUGUGGAUGCGAGUUGUGACUUUGCAAGGUUGAAUAGGGAGGGGAAGUUGUCGGUCGAGAGGGGACCGCCGGAUGAGGUUCCGGCGGUGAAUGUUCGUGUGGUGGCUGAUGUGGUCGUUGCUGCUGGUUGA